ACGCCGCUCCGACCGCCGCAUAUACAGGAUGGUGUCCCGACAUCCCACGUCUACGUUGCUGGUCCUGUGCUGCCUAGCGGGCGUCGUCCUGGCCCAGACGUUCCAGUACUCCCAUGGCUGGACCAACGGCAAGAAACGCUCCGGACUCCCGCCUUCGCCCCACGAGGCCGCAUGCCAACUGCAGAAGUUGCGCAUCAUCCUUGAGGGCAAGAACACACCACAGUUAUACUGGCCGUGUGACUGGCAGUCUUCUCCUGACUACGAAGCACACCAUAUGCCACCCCCACCACCACUCAUGGAUGUUGACAACAACUAACAUUGCCAAAUUAGUUCAAUUUGUUGUUUUUAAAUAAAAAUAUUUUUCUGUGAAAAG